AUGGCAUGCUCUUUACCUGCAAAGGGCGGGAGCCCUUCAGCCAUCCUCUAUUGUAACGAGGAUCACACUGUAUAUCUAAUAGACAUUCCGGCUUCUAUUAGUCUGGCCCAGCAAGAAUCCAGGUACACUGGAGAUGAUUCAAAGGAGAUAGGCACGCCGUCAAUUUUCUCUUGUCCACCAUUGGAACAUCCUUAUUCGAGCCCUUCAACUGAACCAAAGGGCACGAAAGCAAUGCUCAGAGUGAUGGAGCGCAUUCCGGCUGUUGAACUGGAAUAUCGUAACAAAUUGGCGGACCUCGUUAAUGACGCGUUACGGGAACUACGUGCUAAUCAUGACACUCAAGGAUGGUGCCUCCCGCGAGCGAUGCGGCCUGGCUACCUGCAGGACAUUUCUGGGAAGAAACAGGACCAAGAUCGUCAAGUUGGAGAGCCAAACUUGGGCAAAUUGUAUGCGUUAAAGGGGUUUAGUUUGAGUGAUGGACGUCAGAGCACCCGGGAAGAUGCCUCAUUCUCUGAGGAUGUACCCCCGUUAAUAUUAUCGCCUGGCUUGAAUAUAAUUCCCACCUUGAACUCUAUUCGGAGCAUGACCGUGAAGAAUACAUCUUCUGCUCCUGCGCUUUUACGCAUUCGAAAUGCACAGCAGACAUCCAGCGCCACCAACCUGCGGGGCCAGGGGAAGUCGACUGUCGAACCGGCAGGUUUGAUAACGUUCACAAUCCCACCAAAGGCAGCUUUUUGUCUUACACACAUGUCAACUCAACCAGUCUCCUUUCCCAGCCUUCUUUCAUUCCUUCCAUCGGACAGAAAAUUUGACUUCGUCAUCAUGGACCCUCCUUGGCCCAACCGCUCUGUUAGCCGUUCGGCUCACUACGAGACAAUACCAACAUUCUCUGUUCUUCAAAGGCUGAUAAACCGGAUUUUAAAAGCCCAACUCGACCCCUCGGGAGGGAUUGCCGCGAUCUGGACGACAAAUAACCAUAAAUCUCGCUCUGCUGCUCGUCAAGCGCUCAAGGCAGCCCAGCUGCAACCCUUUGAGGAAUGGGUUUGGAUCAAGACGACGACCAGUGGUUACCCAGUUUCGCCUGUUCGUGCGCUGUGGAGACUGCCGUACGAGGUGUUGGUUCUAGGGAGGCAACGCCUGCCCAGUAGUGAUGGGAAACUGAAUCAUAUACUGAGACGGAGAGUCAUCGCCGCUGUGCCAGAUGUUCACUCUCGGAAACCGAAUCUCAAGGAAAUGGUAGAGCAACUUUUCUUCACUUCGCGGGAUGCGGAUGGUGAGCAAAGAUAUAUGAAAGAGUACAAUGCUCUCGAGGUCUUUGCUAGAAAUCUUACGGCGGGUUGGUGGUCCUGUGGUGAUGAGGUGCUGCGAUUCAAUUGGGAUGGGUGGUGGACGAAUGCCGGAGCCACUGAGCCUGUUUAG